AUGGAUGUUUAUUCGCUUAUUAACCACGAUCAAUGUAAACCGUCUAAUUCUCCCCCUCCACGAACUUAUCAACCUUCGACAUCACAGGAACAAGUUAAUUGUAUACCCGAAUUCUCUUCAUUCGAACAUCAAAAGGAAAAUAUUUUACCUUUAAAACAAGGUCGAAGUAGUGCUUCUUUGUCUCGAGUUUUCUCUGGUGAUCCUUAUUCUCUCGAAAUUGACUUACAAGCUGGUCAUGCUCAAUUCAAGGCAGAGCUUGAAAAUCUCAAUGAACUUGACGAUCCUUUUGAUGUUUAUCAUCGUUACAUAAAAUGGACGAUUGAAAAUUAUCCCCAAGGCCAAACCCCUCAGUCAAAUUUAAUCCAACUUUUGGAACGCGCUUCUCUAAGUUUUGUCAAUGAUUCGCGUUAUAAAAGUGACCCAAGAUAUCUGAGAUGCUGGUUGCAAUAUGCAAGUUUUGUUGGAAAAACAAAUCAACUAUUUGAUUUCUUGAAGACCAACGAAAUUGGCCUUAAUUUAGCUGCUUAUUAUGAGGAAUAUGCUGAACUACUGGAGAGUAUGGAAAGAUAUCAUGAUGCGGAAGAAAUAUUUAUAUCAGGAAUUAAUAAAAAAGCUCAACCACUAGAACGUCUUAUUCGUCGAUACAGACAAUUUAAAGCGCGUUUAAAUUUAUCCCGCCAGGGAAAUAUACAUGAUUUAGAAUUAUCCCAAAAUGUUCCUCAUAUUGAUAAUUCACAUCGAACAAUUCUUGGUAUAAAAACUUCUGCUUCAUCGGCACAAUCAGUUCCGUUAAACGUCUUUAAUCAAAGAAAUUCUACACUUCCAAGUAUCGCUGGAUUAACUACUUAUCAACAUGACCAUUUUGACAGGAAUAAUGAGAAAUUUUCUGUAUUUCAUGACCCAAAUGGUGAAUUAGGGAAUGCUGCAUUAGUAUUAGCGGGAAAUAAUUCUUCAUGGAAUAAUUAUGGGACAGAGAUUGCUAAUAAAAAAGAAAAUAUUAGAGAUGCCGAAACAUGGAAAGGAGUAACGUUACCUCAAGCCAAAAAGCCAUGUGUGCCAACUACUUCAAAAUUAAAGAUUUAUCAUGAUGAACUUCGGAAUGAGAAAUCAUUUGUAGAUCUUAAUACUAUUUAUGUUGAUGGGAAUGAAUUUUCUUUUGAAGAGCUUCGAGCAAUGGCCUUAAAACGGCAAUCAACAAUUCCCUGCAAUUACGAUAAUAGAAUGUGUGUGGAUAACGACGAAAAUAAUAUUAAUAAAUUAGUAUCUAUGGAUCAAAAUUUGAAAAACGAAUCUGAUUUAAAAAAUAAUCGUUCCUCAAUUUUACUUCCUAUAAAAGAUGCUAUCAUUCGUCGAUCAAACGUCAAUGUAGCAAAUGAAGCCAGAGAAUAUAAUCAACCUAUUCCUGUGUCAAGUGCAAAUUAUAAUAUUAGAGAACAUAAUCAAUAUAUUCCCGAUUCAAGAUCAAUUCAUGAAGUCGGUGAAUAUAAUCAACCUAUUCCUGUUUCAAGUGCAAAUUAUAAUAUUAGAGAAUACAAUCAAUCUAUUCCCGAGUCAAGAUCAACUCAUGAAGUCGGUGAAUAUAAUCAACCUAUUUCUGUGUCAA